AUGGAUGAUGAUGUCAGCUUGAAGUUCCGUCAGCAGCUUCUGCUCAUUGACGAAAAUCUGGUGUCUGAAGAUGUAGCAGCUUUAAAAUUUCUCUGUACUGACUUUCUCCCCUUCAGAAAACUAGAAAGGGUGAAGUCAGCGGUGGACAUCUUUCAGCUUCUUAUGGCUGAAGAAUAUCUGAACGAGAAAGAUACUUUCCUACUAGCUGAACUCUUAUACAUAAUUAAAUGUCAUUCCUUGCUCAAGGAACUUGGUUAUACCAAGGGGAAAGUGGAAGAAUGUCUGCAUGAGAAGGGAAAAGUGCCUCCAUACAGGCAGAUGCUGUAUGAAUUGUCAGAGAACGUUACCAAUGAGAUGUUGAAGGAUAUUGUAUUCCUCCUGAAAAACUCUCUUCCAAAGCGACAGAUAAUUCUGUCUGCUCUGGAAUUGCUGAUUUUAUUGGAAAAACAGGGCCUUUUAACUGAAAACAAUGUACAGAUACUGGAGGAAAUCUUUAUGAAUGUUUCACCUAAUCUUCUGGAAAUAGUAAACUGCUACAAAAGGGCAAAAGAUAACAAAGCAGCUUGUCUUACACGAGGCUUCUCUGAAAUGAACCUGGAGCCACCUGGAGAACUCAGCAAUGAAGAAAAUGAAUCAAAGAAGAUGGCAAGCUACAAAAUGGAUGGACCACACAGAGGAUUUUGUCUUGUUAUUAAUAAUGUUAUAUUCAGUAAGUCUCUUAGCGAGAGGAAAGGUUCUUCCAAAGAUGCUGAGGAACUGGAGCGAGUAUUCACAUGGCUUGGUCUAGAUGUGAGGACUUACACAGAUCUGACAACUCAGGAGAUUAAAGAACUCCUGCGAACUUGGCAGCAUUUGGAAGAUCACAAAGACAGGGACUGCUUUAUAUGUUGUAUUCUGUCUCAUGGAGAGUCAGGAGCAGUCUAUGGGAGAGAUGAGGAACUUAUAUCAAUCCGCACAAUCAUGUCCCACUUCACUGCAAAACAGUGUCCACAGCUGGCAGAAAAACCUAAACUCUUCUUUAUCCAAGCAUGCCAAGGUAAAGAGGUACAGUGUGCUGUCUCUGUUCAAGCUGAUGCACAAAUUCCAGACUCGUUUUCCAUGCAACAGAGCAUUUCUCCAUCUGAAAGUAUUCCUGAAGAGGCCGAUUUCCUCCUGGGCAUGGCCACAAUUGAUGGAUAUGUGUCUUUCCGGCAUGUUCAUCAGGGUGCUUGGUACAUUCAGGCCCUGUGCAGCAAGCUACAGCUGUUGGUACCAAGGGGUGAAGAUAUUUUGUCGAUUCUUACAGAAGUUAAUGAAGAUGUGGGCAGACGUGUUGACCGCUUAGGCACAAAGAAGCAGAUGCCCCAACCAGCGUAUACCUUAAGAAGAAAACUUAUAUUCCCAGUACCUAGAGACCCUCCUCCUUCACAGCUAUAUAGAGGCUUUUAA